AGACGCCUGUCUGUCUGAGCCGUCUCCAAGGGACCUUUCCCUAACGGCACUCUAUCUAUGGGCGACUCAACUAGGGAGGAGGAUGAGCUGGAAGAUAGUAGCAUUGAAGGAGGGAGGACUGACGCCCUGGGUGGGACCUUGACUCAUCCCACCACGCCUAUCCUUUCAGAGGCUCGCGCUGGGACCUUGACUCAUCCCUCCACGCCUAUCAUCUCAGAGGCUCGCGCUGGGACUUCACCCACCUUGUCAACCAACCUCACGCACACCCAACGCAUGUCCAACGGCAUUGAGAAUACGUUCAGGACUUUGGUGUCUCAAAACCUCAUUCCGCCCAUCGAGACCAUGUCUCCCACUACCAUGAACUUUGGUAGGGAGAACUCAUCAUCAAACAACAAUGUCGUCUCCCGCACUAACGAACCAGGACUUACGCUGCUCGCAGACACGGCACUCAACGACGAGGCCGAUGUCUCGCGUACACCCGUUCUGGACCCCAACCUCGAAGACAUCAAUCAAGAUGUCUCUCGGCACGAAAACGAAUCCAUCGACAACGUUUUUAAGGCGGGCCGUAUAAACGAAGACCGGCCUGACAUUGCCGCUAAAGAGGCUCAGAAUAAUGUUGAGGGCUCAAAGGACAAGUUCGACGUCUUCUUUGUCCAUCCAAUGCCCAAUGAGGAGCCUCCAACAUACUUCAACUCGAGUGCAGCCUAUCCCUCGAGUGUUUUUCCUCGUACACCCCCGAAUUCGAAAGCUAGCUUAAUUAAACCAAU